GUUGACAUUAGUUAGCAAUUUUUUUUAUCACAAUUUGAUCCCUCAGCGUAAUCUCACUUCUCAAAGUAUUUGUCUUCUACACAUGAAGUCUAUAAAAUUACAGCAAUAUCUCACUCUUCACAUAACAUUACCAAUGGUUAACGAAAAGAAAUUAGUCGAGGAUGUCUCUGGCUGGCUCAGAGUUUAUGAUGAUGGCUCCGUCGACAGAACAUGGACCGGUCCGCCCGAAGUUAGCUUUAUGACGGAUACGGUCAUGCCUCAUGAAAAUUUUGUCGACGGAGUUGCUGUUAAGGACGUAGAUACGGACUCGGGAGCCCGAGUCCGUAUCUACUUGCCAGAAAAAAAUAAUUCGGAUUCGGCAACUUUGCCUAUCAUCCUUCAUUUUCACGGAGGGGGCUUUUGCAUAAGCGAAGCCAGUUGGUUCAUGUACUAUGCUGUGUACACUAGACUAGCUCGCUCCUCGCGCUCUAUAGUCGUCUCUGUCUACCUGCGGAGAGCUCCAGAGCAUCGCCUCCCAGCAGCUUGCGAAGACAGCUACAACGCACUCCUUUGGCUCCGUUCAUUAGCCAAAGGAGACCUGCACGAGGCCUGGCUUAAUGCAAACGCCGACUUCACACGGGUGUUCCUCAUGGGAGACAGCACCGGUGGGAAUCUUGUGCAUCAAGUUGCAUCUCGUGCAGGGAGCGAGGGGCUAGAGCUAAAGCUUAGCCCCUCGCAUGUGGCAGGAGGAAUCCUGGUCCAGCCAGGAUUCGUCCGCGCUACAAGAAGUAAAUCAGAGUUGGAGCAGCCACAAUCUCCGUUCUUGACACUAGACAUGAUGGACAAAUUCUUGAGCUUUGCCUUGCCACUUGGAUCCACAAAGGACCACCCCAUCACAUGCCCAAUGGGGGCCGCUGCGCCCCCGAUGAGCAGCCUGAAAAUGCCCCCAAUGCUGCUCUGCGUGGCAGAGACUGAUCUGAUGAUCGAUACUGAGAUGGAGUAUUAUGAGGCCAUGAAAAAAGCAGGGAAAGAUGUUGAGCUGUUCUUGAGUCCAGGAGUUGGGCAUGGUUUCUAUAUGAACAAGAUUGCAAGCGAUUUGGAUCCGGUAACAGCUACACGUACCCAAGAACUGAUUGCAGCAAUCACAGAUUUCAUUAAGAAGCAUUAAGUUCAACAGUUUGUUUGUGCAUUGACUUGCUAUCACGUGUUUGUUAGUUAACAAGGUUUUAUCAUUUAUGCAUGUACUGAUGUACAUUUCGUAUUUUUCAUGUGAAGCUAAAAUAUUUACUGAAAAUUUACC